UUGGUACCCCUUAUUAACCCCAACAUCAUCAACAGUGAGGACCUCGUGGCUGUCAGUGGCCCUUAAGACACUAAUAAGAAGAGGGACUCGUGCAAUCACAGGGAGUAGAGACGUCCAGGCAAAUAAAAGAAGCUGUAUAAACUAAUUAAUUCAUACUACAUCUGUCAAAAUGAAAGCCCUAGACGGACGCAAUAACAUUAAAGUGUACAAUUUAAGUGCUGGAAAAUCACUUCCCGACUGGUUGACAGACAGAAAAAGAAGACAACUAUCAAAAAGAGAUGUUGAAUUUCGACGGAGGAUAGAAUUAAUCCAGGAUUUUACUAUGCCUGAUGUAAGUGGCUGCGUACGUGUAUCUCCAGAUGGCCGGUAUAUUUUAAUCACAGGAACUUACAAGCCAAGAGUAAAAUGCUAUGAAGUUGCUGCACUUUCUCUUAAAUUUGAGAGAUGUUUUGAUGCUGAAGUCGUUCAGUUUGAGAUUUUGUCUGAAGACUAUAGCAAGCUGGUUUUCUUACAAGAGGGAAGGUAUGUUGAGUUUCACAAUCAAGGAGGGCGUUGGUUUCGGACACGAAUUCCAAAAUUUGGACGUGACUUGGCCUAUCAUUAUCCCUCUUGUGAUCUCUAUUUUGCUGCAUCAGGGAGUGAUAUAUAUCGAUUAAAUUUGCACCAAGGCCGGUUCUUGAACUCUCUGCAGACAGAUGCCCCAGGUGUAAACAAAUGUGUUUUUAACAAUGUCCAUUACCUCUUUACCUGUGGGACUGAAGAUGGUAGAAUUGAGGCUUGGGACCCAAGAUCAAGACACAGAGUUGGAGUGUUAGACUGUGCAAUGCAUAUGGCUACAGAAAACAUUCAGUUAGGCAGUUACAAGUCAGUGAAGCAACUGGGCAUUACGGCUUUAGCCUACAAUGACACGCUCACAUUGGGUGUAGGCACACAAACUGGACAGGUGCUGCUUUAUGAUAUCCGUUCAGACAAACCACUGUUGAUAAAAGAUCAUAAUGAUGGAUUUCCUAUUACGGAUCUGGAGUUUCAUAAUUCAGCAGGGUUAGUUCUCUCCAUGUCUCCCAAAAUUGUCAAGAUUUGGAACAAAGAUACAGGAGCCCCCUCACAUACCAGCAUUGAGCUGUAGUGGACUCAAUGUAUGUGUUUAGUACCAAACUCUGGCAUGUUUGUUUUUGACUACUGAGGGAUGUUAAGAUGCCAAACAUAUUUCCUACCAUGUGACCUUGGUGCUGCACCCAAGUGGUGUUCUCACCUUGAUGCACUUAUUGAAGAGUUGGAGGAAGAAGAUGCUCCAGCUCAGUAUGAUGAUUAUAAGUUUGUCACAGAGGAUGAACUAAAGCAGCUUGGCCUCCAUGACCUAAUUGGUAGCAACAUGCUUCGUGCUGUGAUGCAUGGAUAUUACAUUGAUGUUCGGCUCUACAACAAGGCUAAGCUAAUUGCUAAUCCAUUUGAUUAUAAUGAUUUCAUGAAGCGUAAAGUGAGGCAAAAAAUCUCUGAAGAUAACCAGCGAGGAAUUCAAACCAAGAAACUUCCAAAUGUUAACUGUGAACUGUUUGAGAGGUUGAUGGAGGAAGAGGAGGAAAAAAAGAAAAAGAAGAAGGGUGCAACAGCAGAGGCACUGUUGAAAGAUGAUAGAUUUGGGGAACUGUUUUCCAGUGCUGAUUUCCAAAUUGAUAAGGAUUCAUAUGAGUUUAGAUUAUUAAACCCUGUGCUCAGUAGAAUGGAUAAGAAGAAAAAGAAACAGAAACUGCAAGAAGAAGAAGAGGAACAAGAAUUCUUAAGAGCUCGGGGAGAUUUGGAUGAUGAUAGUUCAGAUUCAGAUUCUAUUAUGUCAGACAUGGGAGAUGAGGAACCAGAGGAGAAAGUCAAGAGUGACUACAAAGUUAAGCAAGAUUCUAAAGCGGAAAGGGAGACAUGGAAACAAAAACUGAGAAGUAAUGAUGAAACAUUGACAAGAGUACAAGGCUCUGUCGAGAAGAAAAUGGAUACAAGCACGAGCCUGAACUUUACUUCUGCUGAUUCUCUAGCUGAAUUAAAAGCCAACAGAAAAAAACUUAGAAAAAUGACCUUAGCUGACCGCCUUGACAUGGAAGACAGUUCUGAAAACGUCAAGCAACAUACCUUUGGUAGCCUGGAAAUGAAUUAUGUCAUCAAAAAGGCACCAAAGUUUGAACGUUUAAGACAGCAACAGAAGGAGCAUCAAGAAGAGAGAAGAAAAAUUUAUAGGUCAUCAGCUAAACUUAAAGGAAAAUUUAAUGCCAAAGAGUCCUUAUUUUAAAUAAUGUACAUGUAUUAACUUAGAAAAAAUA